AUGUCGAGCUGGUUCGGAAACCUACAGUUGGCGUACAAGUUCACAAUUGUGUUUGUCGGUCUACUUGUCCUCACAAUCCUUGCUGGGUUUAUCAAGGUGCUCUACAACCGUCACAGAAUGGCGGGCUUUGUUAAGCAGGAACAACUGGAAGCUGGGCAAAAGGAGGACACCGUUGAACUCACCCAACGCGAAAAGGACGAAGGAGAUCUGUUUGGUAUUCGUGCCAUCGAAGCGGGUUUCUAUGCUGGCGUGGCACAAUCGGCCCCGCCUUCAAGAGCAGGAUCAGUCAUGGACCUUUCUAUGGCAAGCUCUCAAACCCUCACCAACGGCGCUUCUUCUCCCUUCAUCAAGAACUCCAUGGCAAACAACAGCGCUCUCAGUCUACAAAUGGGCUCGACAAAUCGCGACUCGGACACUCUCGGAGACAACGAAUCACGCAGGCCCUCACCUCCCGCUAUCAAACUCCGCCCAUCUGAAGCCGAACUAAGCGGUCGCCACAAUCAUAACGGAGCAGUCGACAUGACACUCAAUGUCCCUCCCUCGCCCGGUUACCGAGGCUUUAGCGGUUCAGAUGAUGGUGAAAGCGACGGCUUCACUUCGCCACGCUCCAUGUCUCCCAACGGUAACCCGUCACACUAUGCACCCGUACCAGCUGGAGCUCUACAGGUAUCCUACCACGACGCAGACAGCAAUGCGAGGUCACAAACGGGGUCCUUCAACACACUCUCACCUCUGGGGUCGCCCAGCAACCCACCUGAGACCCGACUUCCCACGAUACCCGGCACAGCAUUGAGGAAAGAGUCACGGUCGCCAUCGCCCCAGGACUACUCUCAAGUCCGUAGGUAG